AUGAGUACUAUAAAUAAGAAGAGAAAAAAGAAAAAAAUAUUUUCAGAUGAAGAAGACAGUAAAAGUAAUGAAAUUGAACAUACUUCUAUUGAGGUGAGUAGUGAAAGGGCCACAAAAAAUAAACCACUUCUAUGUACAAACGGAAUUGAUGCAUAUGAACAUGACCCUGUUGACAAAUCCGAGGGUGAAGAAUUAAUAGAAGGAAAUAUUACCAAGAAAGUUGAAGAUGUAGGAGAAGAAGGAGAUGAUAGAAAUGGUGGAGAUAUAAAUAAUAAUGACAUAAAUGGCUAUAUUAGGAGUGAAAGUGGAAAUAUUGAGCAAGGUAAAAAUGGAGAUGAUAAAUCUGAACAUAGCCAAAAUGACACACAACAAAGCAACAAAUGUGAAGAUAUUUUGAAACAAAAAAAAAAAAAAAAAAAAUUGAAAAAAUGCACUAUGCAAGAAGACGCCUCAGGAAACGAUACUACAGAUAUGAUAGAGAGUAGAAAUAUAGAAUACACGCUUAACAGAAAUGACAGUGGUGAGACCAAUAAUACAAACGAAGACGCAUCUAGUGGAGAAAAUUCACUCAAGGAGAAUAAUUCUAAAAAACUUGGAGAAGGGAAACAUGAAGAAGAGACCACAUUCCAUAAAAUGAUUAAUGAAAAAAAAAAAAAAAAAAAAAGGAAAGUGCACAAAAUGGAAGAGGUACAGGAGAUGAAUGAUCAUGAAGGGAAACAAUGGAAAAGUGAAGAUGAAAACGACGGGAAGGAGCAGCAGCAAGAACAAGACCAGACACAGAAGCAGCGUGUAGUUAACCACUCUGAAGAUAACGAGGAAGAAGAUCUUUGGAGAGAUCAGAAGAACGAAUUAGAAAUUUUCGAAAAGGCAGGGACGCACAAAAAAGGAGAUAAACGAGCAAAUCAAAGAAGAGACGAUAAUAAUAUAGAUGAACAAGGCGAAGGAAGGGAGAGGGAAGGGGAGGAAAUAAAGACCUCAGUAAAGGAAAAGCAAAAAAAAAAAAAAAAUAAAAAACUCGAAAUAAUUAUUCCCAUAAACAAGAGUGAGCUGUUCUUAGGCAAAGAGAACAUUAUUCUUGACAAUUCAAGUAAGGAUGAUAUAAAAAAUUUGGAAAUAUUUUGGUUUGACAGAUUAACGAGAAAUAGAAGGAGAAGCAUCAUUAAUUGCUUUACCACGAUGCGUAAGUUGGGUGUACUUAAUAGCGGGGGUAAUACUUUUAAAGAUUCAUACUCAGUUGCACCUCCAACUUCAAUUGAAGCUGCUACGGGGGAUAGGACUUCACUAGAGGACAAACCACAUCCUAUGGAGGAUAAGGGAAUCCCAACCAUUGACCACAUAUUUAAUAAGAGCAAGGAAUAUAUCAUAGUAGAUAACUUAGUUUGCCUGUGCAACCAACAGAUUAAACUGAUAAAGGAAUACAUUUCGUACAUAAAAAGAAACAUCUACGAUUUAUCAUCUAUCACAGAAAAUAAUGAAAAAAUAAAAGAAAUGAAGAUCUUAGAACCUAUAAAAAGAAGAGAAAUUUUUUUUUAUUUAAAUAUAUGUAUAGCAAUGAGUUAUGCACAAGAAUGUACUCCAAAUGUAUAUGGUCUUCACACUUGUGCAACCCCGGAUAUCCGAGGGUUUAAUUUACAUCCUAUGUUUUCUCAUAUUAAUAAAAAAAAAAAUGAACUACGAAAUGACCACGUAACUGACCCUUGGGAGAAGCUAAGAUUAUUAAAAAAACAUGGGAGGAAAAUUGAAACAUCCAGUAAAUAUGAUAUUACAAACAGAAAUAAAAAUAGUUAUAAUGAGAGUAGUAGCAUGAAUAAAAGUAAUGCAGGUGAAAAGAUAGCACAGAAUAAGUUUUGUAGUGAAGGGAACAAUAAUGCAGAUGAUGCUGAGGAAAGAGAAAGAAAACAUUAUGAAGAAAUGGAAAGAAAAAGAAAAGAAUUAGAAGAUUUGGAAAGAAAAAAUAAAGCUAUAGAAGAAAUGAAAAAAAAGAAAAAAGAAAAAGAUGAUAAAAAAAUUUAUAAUAUAUAUUCCCUACUAGAAUCAGCUGCUCAGUAUUUUGGAGAAGGCCCGAAAUAUUCUAAUCCUAAUAUUCAUGAAUUUUAUAAAUCAAACAGUAAUCAGUUAGUAUAUGUAAAGCCACCAAAUACUAUAGAAGAAAAAAAUUUAUUAAUAAAUUACUUUUUACAAUUUCCUAGCUUAAAUAAGAAGUUGGAAUAUAAUAAGAGAAGAAUAUAUGCAGAAAAUUAUGGGCUAGUAAAAAUUAUCAAAAACAAUGAAAAUUUGCCUACGAAUUUUGAGUUACAUACUCAACCAUGGUUGUUAGAAUCAUUUCAAAAUAUGUGGAAUGAACAAAACAAACUUAAUAAUUUUCAAAUAUGGAAUAUGUCAAAUUUGGUAAAUGAUGAUGAUCCGUUAGAAGAUGUCCAAUGCACGGAUACGAAGGUGGCGGCACCCAACCAAACCCAGGACAGCAAAAAUGUCUUCGUAAAAAUAGAAGCAGCUGGAGGAGGUCAGGACGUGACUCUUAAGUGUGUACAGGUAAAGGGCGAGGAAGUAACUAGUCAGAGUUUACAGGAAGUAACUAGUCAGAGUUUACAGGUAAAGGGCGAGGAAGUAACUAGUCAGAGUGUACAGGUAAAGGGCGGGGAAGUAACUAGUCAGAGUGUACAGGUAAAGGGCGAGGAAGUAACUAGUCAGAGUGUACAGGUAAAGGGCGAGGAAGUAACUAGUCAGAGUGUACAGGUAAAGGGCGAGGAAGUAACUAGUCAGAGUGUACAGGUAAAGGGUGAAGAAGUAACUAGUCAAUGUGCACAUUUAAAGGAGGAAUCGACUCGCCAAAAGGUGUGCAACGAGGAAGUUCCCUCAUUUACGAAUGACACGAAUCAAGGAAAAACUUCGAAAUGGGGAAGUGGCAUAACCAAUACUGAAAUAAGCAAAAGUGAAAACAAAAGAAAGAGCGAUUUUUUAACAAAAAAAAUCAAAAAGUUCUGUUCGAACGAUGACACAAAACAGUUGAAAUUAACAUCAUUUUUAAGUAAAGAUAAAGUAAAUAUAAAUGUAGAGGGUGAAAGGAUUGAAAGUAAGGAACAUGACCCAAUUGCUGAACAUAUGAAAGAUGAGGUUACUAACCUGUCAUAUGUAGCAAGUGAAAGUGAAAAAUUAGACUAUGUAAAAAUAAAAAAAAAGAAAAGAAGAAUUUUAGAUGAUGAUAAAAUGAAUGAUAUGUGUGAAAAUUAUCAACAGAAGAGUGAGAUAGCUAACAAGUAUGACAAUACUAAUGAGGAGAAUCAUGAAGAGGAUUUUGCGGAUGAUGACAAAAAUUAUUGUAGUAGUCAAAAGAGCUAUAACAGAUUUGAGGGAAAUUAUAGCAUAAGUAAAAGGAAGAAUAUUACUAGUCAAAAAGAUAACAGUAAGCAGGAGGAUUUAAGUGACUAUAGUAGUGAACAAAAGGAUGAAGAAAAAGUUAGAAACAUAAGAAAAAGAAAAAAGAAUGACGAAAAUGAGCAGGAUAUUAUUAAUCCUGUGGAUAUUAUUAUGAAGCAAAAAUAUGCAGAAGAAAAAAAAAGAUUACGGGAAGACAAAAUGAAGCACGUGUUUGAGUUGGAAGCAGAGGAAAGUGAGGAUGAGAAUAUAGAAGAUCCCGAAGAAAGAAAAAGAGCUCAACUUUUGAAAAAUUCAAAAUACCAACAGGAUGAUUCGGAAGACGAUGAUCAGUACAACAGUGAGGGGUUAAGCGAGUUCAUAAAUAAUGAAGAAUAUAACAGCGAUAAUGAUAUUGUUAAACUGAAGCACAAGGAGGAAAUGGAAAAGUUUGAAGAAAAUAUGUUUUUGAAAAAAUUUACAUAUCAAGGAAAAGAAUUUAAUAAGGAAUUAACGAAUAAAGAAAAGCUCGAAUUAGAAAGAGAAAAACAGCUAUUAAGAAAAAAAAAACUUUUACUUAACUGCAGCUUAGGAAAUGUCAAGCUGAGUGAUUUUGAAUCGGAUAGUAGUACCAGCAGUGAUGAUGAUACAAAAAAAUAUUUGAAAAAUUCUUUAUAUGAACCUUUUACAGAACUUGAAAAUGUAGAUAUGUUAAAAAAAAAUAAGAAUUUUAUAGAUAACUCUUUUAAUGAUAACGUUUUUAAGAGAGGAGAGUGCAUUGGAAAUAUUGAUGAUGAAAAGAGGAAGAAGCAAAUAUUAGAAAAAAUCGACAAUGUGAUAUACAGAAAAGAAGUAAAAACAAAUGAAGGAAAAAAAAUAGUAAUUAAAAAAAAAAGAAAGAUACGUUUUCAUCAUGAACUGUCCGACCUAACUGUAACGGAAGAAGAACAAGUGGAUGAAUAUGAAAAAACAAAGAAAAAACCCAAAAAAGUAAAUUCAAAUUUAGUUGAACAACCCAAACCUAUCUUUAUUCAAAAUAAAACAAUUAAUCAUAAUAAUAAAGCUUCAAUCAAAUGGAAUAACAAUAUUAAAUAUAUUAAUGAACUGGAUACACCAACAAAUAGUGAGGUGUUUAAGGGAUUUAGGAAGGUGGAAAAUGCUCAGUAA